AUGUCUUCAGGAGGUUAUUAUCGUUCAUGGAUGGAUAAACCUCAUUUGGAUCCCAACACCAAAUUGCUUACGGAAGAAUACGUUCAAGGGAUUAAAGAAUUCAUGAGGCUUGUUCAACAACAACCAGAUGCAAAAAAUGGGUUUUCACGUAAUUACAAAGUUUGGUAUCUUCAUGGAGAAACUGGUUAUGAAUAUGGUAGUACUAGCGAACCUCAGCCUAUUAGUGAAUUUCAGUCGGAUAUUAGGUUAGAAGAAUCUAGAACGGAUAUAGAUUAUGGUGUAGGUACUGAGCAGAUGGUACAUGAUCAUUAUAGAGGGGAAGAACCAAAUCCCGAAUCUAGGAGAUUUUUUGACAUGUUAGAUGCAGGAAAACAACCUUUGUAUCAAAAUUGUAGAGAUGGUCAUUCAGCCUUAUCAUCUGCAACUAGAUUAAUGGGUAUUAAGACAGACUAUAAUUUGGCUGAAGAAUGUAUGGAUGCGAUUACUGAUUUUGUCAAAGGCAUUCUACCUGAGGAUAAUGUUGCACCGGGUUCAUACUACGAAGUUCAGAAACUGGUUGCCGGUCUUCAACUACCGUACGAAGUGAUAGAUGUAUGUAUUGACAACUGCAUGAUCUACUGGAGAGCGGAUGAGACACGGAAUGAAUGCAAAUUUUGUGGGAAACCUCGUUUCCAGGAGACGAGGGGAAGAGUUCCGAUCCCGUUCAAAAGAAUGUGGUAUUUGCCUUUGACGGAAAGAUUGAAGAGGUUGUAUCAGUGUGAGCGCACAGCAAAAGCAAUGAGAUGGCGAUUUCUACCACCUGAUCAUCCAUACCGCAGGAGUAGGAAUGCAUUUACGAAGAACAAGCAGGUGUUUGAUGGUCCACCUGUGGAAGUUAGUGGGGAAGAUUUGUUGAAGCAGUUUAGGUAUUUUGAUGCAGAAAGGACGCCAGAUGUAGGUGGACAUGAAAACAUUCGAGUCAGUGCGGUUGGAGAGCUACAUAACUGGCACAAAAAGAGUAUUUUCUGGGAUCUGCCAUAUUGGGAAAGUCAUCUAUUGCGGCAUAAUUUAGAUGUCAUGCAUAUUGAGAAGAACUUCUUCGACAAUCUGAUGAACACAGUCCUUAACAUCCAAGGUAAAACGAAGGAUAACUUGAAGUCAAGGUUGGAUUUAGUCGAUAUCUGUGAUCGUCCUGAACUUCAUGUGGAUGAGAAUGAAGCGAAGGAAAGUUUACUGGCUUGA